CAUCCGUUUCUCUUUCUAUUCUUCAUCAUUGCUCAGACUCACUCGUCUCCCACCCACUAGAAAUUAGAUUGAUAAAUCCGAUUCCCAGAGCCGAAGACAUCUGCAAAGAGAUAUCGUUUUGGAGGAAAACGAUUUUUGAUUUUAGAUGGUGCUGGACGAUGUGUAAUAUUGCGCAUGCGCCCUCCUCCGAACGUCAACGACUCGCCAAGAGCCCCAUUGGUCCUGCCAACGCUGUUGUUCAGCCUCUCCCCACACCCCCUCCAUCAACCCCUCUAAUCUAGACACCCCCUCUUUUCCACUUCCAUGGGCUAUCGUAGCACGCACUCACACAUACGAGUAGACCAAUACAAGUAGCAGCUCUAAACAGUCCGGAUCUCUGAGACCGUCCGGAUUUCUAGACAUUCGAGUAGAUAGUACUUGGGGGGAGGUUGUUUGACCGCCGCCGGACUUUGUUGCGAAAAGGGUCCUUGAGGAACUCCCUGGGACGAGGGGUCUCUCCUUAGUGAGGGGUCUCUUGGUGAAGCUCUGGCGUUGUGGAAGCAAUGUCACUGAGUCCUAAACAUUCUACACCGUUUUCCGUGACCGAUAUCCUAAGCCCACUCGAAGAAAGCUACAAGAAGGCAAUCGCAGCAGUUGCUGCAGAGAAUUCCGGACUAGGUUCAACGUACAGGAGUCCCCAGACUCAAGCAGCCAUGAACGUACCCGUGACCAAUCCUUACAUGCAUAUGUCCCAGCUCUCUCACCCUAACACUUUCCCCACCCAGUACUGUAACGGAACGGACAUCUCUGCCCACUACGGUGACGUCCGGCAAUCUGCACCAGGAUGGUACAGCACCACUCCAGAUCCCCGUUUUGCAAUUUCCCGGCUGAUGGGUUCUUCAACGGGGAUGUCUAUGUCCAAUAUGAAUAUGUCCAGUUUGAGUGCUUGCAGUGUUGCAGCGUCGGCAGUUGACCAAAAAACAGUGGCCGGUGUCCAGUUCCCCUUAACUCAGCGUCGCAAACGCCGGGUUCUUUUCACUCAGGCCCAGGUCUACGAGCUGGAGAGGAGGUUCAAGCAACAGAAGUACCUCUCUGCUCCGGAGAGGGAACACCUGGCCAGCCUGAUCCACCUCACGCCUACGCAGGUCAAGAUCUGGUUCCAGAAUCACAGGUACAAGUGCAAACGGCAAGCCAAAGAGAAAGCAAUGGCCGAACAGCAGCAAUCCCAGUCCCAAUCGCCACGGAAAGUCGCGGUGCCGGUGCUCGUCAAAGACGGCAAGCCCUGCUCGACAGGGUCGGCCGAAGAUGACGGCAGCAGCGGAGCCGGCGACCUCCUCCAGAGUUCGGCGCUGCAGCAGCAGGCUUCCCAUCAGCAUCAACAACAACAACAGCAUCACCAGCCGCAAGUUUCGGUCGGCGGUGGUGGGGCGCACAGAAACAGCUGCCUGGGUGACUCCUGUGCUCAAAGUUCGGCAGCAGUUGCUCGUGUCCAUCACGCCUUGGCCCAACAAUCUACAUGUUCCUUGACCGGUGGUGGGUCAGCCGCGGCAGCUCUGCAAGGAGCCCUUAAUGGCAUGAGUGGGUAUGGCCAGGCUGUGGCCGGAAAUCUAGACUUAAGCGCAGUUACCAAUGCCGCUAUGUGCCCUUCUUAUUUACAAUUACAAGGUAGGACUUGGUAAUCACAUCUCCUUGAAUUCAAAACUGAAACAAUAUUUGUAAAUAUUUAUAGAUUCCUCUUUAAGCUUCAGUGAGAUGAAAAUUGUACAUAUAUUUUGAUGAUGUCGCGCACGUGAAAUUAUUAAAUCAAUUUAUCGUCCAAAACUAGUUCGAUCAUGAGAGCAAGAUGGUAUACUAAAUGAAAUGAUAUUCUUUUUAAUUGAAACAAAGGAUACAAUCUACAUUAGUGAAACCACUGGACAAUUAUUGGUCAGCGAAAAUUUCUAAAUUAUUCUUCAACCGAAAAACCAAGAAAUGUACAAAAAGCGUUUGCAUUCUUACUAAAUGCUGAGAGUUUAAAUAUUGAUUUAUGAUAUUUUUUAACAGAACAAUUCAACAUUGUCUUAUGUUAUAUCAAAUAUUUUUGCGGUGACCAAAAUUAGAUGCUUCAUACUACUUCAAAAUUAUAUUUAUUAAUAUUAGAAAGAGGAAAAUAUUCUAUAUAACUUAAACUAAAUUAUAGUUCAGCAAUAGUAGAUGAAUUGAAACUAUUUGAUUGAUGAUUCAGUGUUUUUUUAAAAUUUCACAAAAAGCAUUUUUCUGUUGAAUAUAUCUUAUUUAUUAGUGUAUAAUAUAUUUUUUUUUCCUACUUCCAUGCUGUUUUCAAUUUUUCGUGAUAUUAUUCUUCAAUUGAAAAUAGUGAGCAAUGUAAUAAUAUCAAGUCACAUCAUUAAGUGUGUUUUAAGAGUGCUUUUGGGGAAAAAUAACGUGUUCAGAAGGUACCCAUCGGGAAACAAUACUGAGGUACAGUUUAACGUUGAAAAACUGUACUUUUUAAAAGCGUGGUUCUUUCACUGAAAAAAUAAAACCAAACUAUGCAGUAUUCAAAUCAUUCAUUUGUUAUCAUCAGUUUACCGAAAAUUCCGGUUUUCAAAAUUAUUGCUCUUAUUACCACACAUUUCGUAAAAAAUACAAAACUGAAAAGUAAAUUUAGCUAAAUGAAGGGUUUUUAUGCCAUGCUCUAAUGUAUCAAGAUAAAAUUACCAAAUUUUAUCACAUAAUUUAAAACCAUAUUUUAUAUUUAAUUUUACCAAAAUCAUUACAAAAGCACUUCGAUAAAAGUUACCGAGCAUUUUGUUGUUUCCAUAGCUUCAAAAAAAUACUAUAAAUGUAGUAAAAUAUUCUGGUAAUUUUGGAUAUACUUUUUUUUCUCAUUGUGUUAGGAAAAUCGUGAUUAUGAAUAAUAUAGUAAUUUAAUAUUUUAAACGAUUUUAAAUUAAUAUUCAAAUACAAUUUAAUAAAAAAUAUUUAAAUGCUUUAACACUUAUCACUCUUUAAUACGAACACAAAUGGUAACUAUUUUGUUU